AUGCCACCUCCAACUUCCGUCGACUCGUGGCUCACCGCUCGUCGCUUCGGGAUCGUCAUUGACGCAGGAUCUUCUGGCUCGAGACUACAAAUCUAUAGCUGGAAGGAUGCGCGUGCCAUGCAGGGAGCCGGCAUCGCACUAGAUACCCUGCCGAAGGUAGAGAAGGGCACACUGGACAGUGAGGAGUGGUCCAUGAAGGUUGAGCCCGGCAUUUCAUCCUUUGCCGACAACCUUGAGGGAGUUUCAGGUUACCUUGCGCCCCUUCUAGAACAUGCACGGACUGUCAUACCACCGUCCUUGGAGCCCGAGACGCCUCUCUUUCUACUAGCUACUGCAGGGAUGCGUCUCUUGAAUCCGACGCAGCAAGCCGAGGUCUUACAGGCUACGUGUCAUUUCCUCAGAUUUCACUCCAAUUUCCGCAUAGACGAUAUGUCGCCCGCGGGGCCUUGCGGUUCAAGCGUGCGAGUUAUCACUGGGGAAGCGGAGGGUCUCUUCGGAUGGAUUGCGGUCAACUAUCUCAUGGAUGGGUUCUCUGCUUCUGGCAGUGAACUCCCCACAUACGGCUUCCUAGACAUGGGUGGUGCCUCCACACAGAUUGCCUUUGAACCAAGCAAAGAGGCACAGGAAAACGCUCAGAAUUUGGCAGAUGUCAGGUUACGUCUACUGAAUGGCGAAGAAAUCAUACACAAGGUAUUCGUGACUACGUGGCUGGGCUACGGUACGAACCUGGCAAGGGAGCGUUACGUCGGUCAAACUCUCAGCGAGUAUGAUUCGAACCGCACUUCUUCGUCGACCCAGGACAGGAUCAUUCUUGAUCCGUGCUUACCCAGAGACCUGCAGCUAACCGAGUCUCCUGCACAUCUGGACUCGUCGAACGCGCCGUCGAAAAUACAACCCACCCUUGUAGGGACAGGUUCAUUCGAACAGUGCUUGGAACGGACUCUUCCGCUCUUGAACAAGGAAGCUCCAUGUCCGGAUGAAAAUUGUUUGUUCGACGGAGUAUACGUUCCGCCCAUAGACUUUUCCGCAUCGAACUUCAUUGGCGUCUCGGAGUACUGGUAUUCAUCGGAACACAUUUUCGGCUUGGGAGGUGCAUACGACGUCGUACAAUUUGAGCGGGCAGCAUCCGAGUUCUGCGCACGCAAUUGGGAUGAUAUCGUGCGACACCACGAGAGCUCACAGCAACAGGGGAAAUUAGGCGGGGCUGGGGAGAUCCAGGUACACGGGGAAUUCGCAGGUGCGGGGGUAUGGGGCAACAAAGUCAAUAUCUCUCGAUUGCAGAUGCAAUGCUUCAAGGCAGCUUGGAUCGUCAAUGUCCUGCAUGAGGGCAUCGGCUUGCCUCGCAUUAUUGAUGCCGGAGGAAACAGUUCUACAAAUGGCGACAAAGUGGCAGAGCAAGCGGCGACCAAAGGUCUUGGCCGACCCGCGUUCCAGUCUAUGGAUACCGUUGGUGACAUCGCCAUCAGUUGGACGCUCGGGAAGAUGGUGUUGGAAGCGAGCAAGGAAGUGACCCCCUUCUCGGCGUCCGUUCCACCACUGAUCGAUCCACUCAGCAAUUCGCCGAGUGUAGUCAAUUCACCCUCCAAAUCACAUCUCCCGUCAUUCUUAGACUUCGAAGCAAUUGAAGACCGAAUAUCGCACCGUCUUCCAAUUUCUCUUACGAGACAAUCCUUGGGCUUCUCCCCUGUUGCCACUCUCUUCUAUCUCACCGUUAUCGCCGUAUGUCUGGCGGUCAUGUACCGCUUGAGACACCGCGUCAGAAGCGCCGUACGUCGAAUAAUUUACAGGAAGGAUCGCGGAUACACUCUCGAAGGUUACGCCAUGGAGGAAGGGCGGGCGCUGAACGGAGGUUCUCAGUUGCGUAUGUCACGGUCGUCAUCGCUGUUGCGUAUAUCCUCCCAAAUCCUCCAGCCUCUGAAAACACUCUCCUCAUCCUUGGGAUCACGUAACCAUCACCCACCAUCCAUCGGCAUCACCGUUACGAGCCGCCAUCCGACCCGCUCAGGACAAUACUCACCUUCUCGUGUUUCGCCUCUGCGCUCGUUGUCAUACCCUCCACAGAAACCUCCACUGCUCAGCCCUAUCGAUGCUCCAAAUGGGACUGCUACAGCAUUCGUACCCGGGUCCCCUCGCCUCCAGGAUGGAAGCAUUGUUUCCAAUGGCAGUCUUGCAUCGCUCACAUCACGCUCUCGAAAUUCUUCGCAAGUGAACCUUGCAGUUUUGACUCCUCGACAGACUAUCUCGAGGGCAAGUAGUGGCGCGUACCGGCUGAGCGAUCGCUUCUGGAAUGAGGCCUGA